AUGGCGAUGCGGACGACCGCGCCCAGCGAGAUGAUCGUGGACAUUGCUGCCGAUCAGACCCUGGUUGGCAGGCCGUCGCUGGCACGGCGCGAGAAAAUUUUGCCCGAGUUAGGCUUCAAGAUACUGGGGGUCCCGAGCCGCAACGAGCAGGCGAAAGGCAUUGGCGUCCGGAUCACGGCCGAGAACAGUCUGUUUCCCCGACGGGCAUCGGAGGCAAGUCCGGCGUCAUGGACAUUGACGCGGUGGACCAGGACAUCCCGCCGUUCGUCUCCGUCGGGGCGCAUGCAGAACAGUUCGGUGCAGUGA